UCCUUCUUAUACUAUCUUUUUUGUAAAAACAAACAGAGAAACAUGGUUACUUUUUGGAAUAGUUUAACAUUGCAUUUAUUAUUGGAAUUCUAUCAACUUUCGAUAGUAAGGUCAGUAUCCAAUUCUACAAUUCACGUUGUUCCUGGGGAUGAAGUGUUGUUUAACUGCUCUGAAUACUUAACCAUAACAAUUAAAAAUGUCAGCGUUCAAAAUACAGGAGAAUGUAAAAAUAGACAGGAUGACUGUAAUCUCAACAAGAAUGAUCACGAAUUAAUUAAAAGAUGUGAAGGGUAUCCCAGCUGCUUUGUGAACGGAUCUCUUUUAACAUCCUCGUGUCUAUGGGAAGACCUACAUUUCGAUUUGUCAUAUAUAUGCAAGGCUUCGUACGAAUAUGUCGGCUGCUAUGUAGAUAACUCGGAUAGAGUUUUGGAUGAAGAUCACAAAAACAACGAAGAAAUGUCUGCUGAUAUAUGUGUUGGUAUAUGUACUGAGAAGCAAACAUCAUAUAAACAUAAAUACUUUGGAACGCAGUCUAGACAAGAGUGUUUUUGUGGAGAUGGCCAAAGACUGAAUUCUGAACCAUAUUUAAAAAUGAAAGAUUCUGAAUGUAACAUGUACUGUCUACAGCAUGAAGAUGAGAAAUGUGGUGGUGAAUAUAGGAUGUCUGUCUAUAAAAUUCUGCCACAAAUAUCAAGAUAUCAUCCGUGUUUAGAAGUAGACCAGCAAAAUUGGAUUGAGGAUUGUAAAACUAGUCAGUUACAGGAAAAAGGGUUCUGUGUAAAAUUUAACGCUCCUACUACUGACUUGGAUUCUUAUAAAGAAUGUACAAAUAAGGACUAUGAACUCGGUAACCAACUGUAUCAGUUUUGUAGAAACACAACAAGUAACGGAAACUGUGUUUAUAAUCUAGCAAGCAUUUUACAGAAAAUUGAUUUUCAACAAACUACCAAGUAUAUCUCAAUUGGGUAUGCAUGCAAAGUGCCGUUACAAACAACUGAUCAUACUCCUUUUGUAGAAAGAAACACUCAGGCUAGUAUCCCGGUAAUUGUAGUAUCAGUUUUGGUUGUCGUAAUAUUUGCUGCUUUGGUUUUCAUAAUAUUAGUUUUCUACAAAAGACGUCAGAAAGCCAAGAAAUUCAGUUCCUCUGAAAAACUGCAAAAAGAAUUUCAGACAGAUAGCAGCAAUUCAUCUGCUACUAACACUGGAAUGACAUACAUCAAUAUCCCUUCGAUAUAUGAGAAUAUAAAUGAUAAUAAAAUAAUUAAUUGUGGAGAACACAAACAGGAAGGAAACUAUGAAACAUUAUCAACAAAUAGGAGAGCAGCUGAACCUAUGUACGCAUCUACAGAACAUGAAUCUACAGAACCGAGCUUAUCUCGAUAUCAAUCGCUUACUAAUCCACCAGAAUCUGAUAUUCACACUUAUGCGUCAACAGAAUUGGACUCAUCUCAAUAUCAAUCACUUACGAAUCCGAAUCAGUCCGAUAUCCACACUUAUGCGUCAACAGCUUCAAUACAGUAA